UGAUUUUAGUCGGAAUAUAAUUGAAGAUUGGUAUUAUUAGUGUAAUUUGCAAACAGUUAACUGCUCAUUUUUAGUUAAAAUGGAAAGUUACAAGGGUCUAAACCAGAGCAUAUUAAAUAAAUAUAUGAACCUUGAUACAAAAGGUAAAAUUCAAGCAAACUACAUAUGGAUUGAUGGUUCAGGUAAAACAUUGCGAUCAAAAACAAAAACCCUUGAUUAUGAACCUGAAACACCUGAUCAGCUCCCAAUUUGGAACUUUGAUGGUUCGUCAACAGGUCAAGCAACCGGGACUAAUAGCGAUGUUUAUUUGCACCCAGUGGCUAUUUUUUCCGACCCUUUUAGAGAAGGUAAGCAUAAGCUUGUACUCUGCGAAACUUAUACUUAUGAUCACAAGCCAACAGAAUCUAACAAAAGAAAGUCAUGUAAAGCUGCAAUGGAAUCUGUGAAGAAUUUUCAUCCUUGGUUUGGCUUGGAGCAAGAAUACUCUUUACUUGAUCGCGAUGGAAAACCACUCGGAUGGCCGAAAGGUGGAUAUCCAGCACCUCAAGGGCCAUACUAUUGCGCUGUUGGAACUGGUAAAGUUUUUGGAAGAGAAGUGAUGGAAGCUCACUAUAGAGCAUGUCUUUACGCGGGAUUGAAAAUUGCUGGAGAGAACGCUGAAGUCAUGGCAUCGCAGUGGGAAUUCCAAGUUGGACCAUGUGAAGGAAUUGAAAUGGGAGAUCAAUUAUGGGUAGCUCGAUAUUUGCUUGAAAGAGUGGCUGAAGAUUUUGGGAUUAUUAUUACUCUUGACCCAAAACCCAUUCCAGGAGAUUGGAACGGCGCUGGAUGCCAUGCAAAUUUUAGCACCCUCGAAAUGCGAAAAGAAGGAGGAAUUAGAAAAAUAUAUGAAGCUAUUGAUUGGUUAUCAAAGAAUCACAAACACCAUAUUCGAUGUUAUGAUCCAGCUGGGGGUAAAGAUAACGAAAGACGUCUAACUGGACAUCACGAAACCUCAACAAUACAUCAAUUUUCUCAUGGAGUUGCAAAUCGUGGAUGCAGUAUUCGAGUACCGCGACAGUGCGCGGAAGAUGGCUACGGUUACUUAGAAGACCGUAGACCUGCAUCAAAUUGUGAUCCAUACGUUGUCACGGAAGCACUUGUAAGAACAGUUAUUUUGAACGAAAUAGUGAAUGAGUGAACUUUAUAUUUUAUAAAUAAAACAAUUUUUAUUUUUGUAAAAUAAUUGUGAAGAUCUAUAUAAGACUUUUCAAAGAAACUAAUCAAGA